CAACUUACUUAAUAGAAGAAAUUUACGAAAUAAAAAAUAUUACAUUUUUUAAGAUAAUUCUAGUUUCCUUAAAUAUUUUCGACUUUUACAUUAAAAGUGUGUUAAAAUUAAAUUUUUUUAAAUUAAAUGAAAAUAGUUUUGUAUUCUAUUUGUGACUGUACAGGACAUGAGAGCAGUAGUUAUAUUUUAUUUGUUAUAUAGUACAGUGCACGCAGUCUUAUUGAGAAUUUUAGAUCAGUAAAACGUCUAGAUGUGAGUAAAUUAAAAGUUGUGACAUUUAAUAUAAAGAUCUGUAACUAUACAACUAUAAUAGUGAUUAAUUUAUAUAAAUUUUUUCACAUAUCCUGGAAAAUUUUAUAUUUUCACAUAUCCUGGAAAAUUUUAUAUUUUCACCUCGAUAAAAGAUGUAUCUCUGGGUGUACUUGUGUGUUAUUUUAUGUAUAUGCAUAUAUUUAACAACGCUAGCGUUAAGCUGGCGUGCUAAGAGAAAUUAUGCACAUUUACCGACAUAUACCAACUAUCCUAUUAUUGGAGCUAUCUAUAAAUUUUAUGGAGAUACACAAAAUGUUUUCAAACGUUUCUGUGAAAUGACGGACAUAGCAGAGAAAACUGACAUGCCGUUUGCAUUGUGGGUUGGACCAGUUCCCUGCUUGGUUCUCAACGACCCAGACGACAUUCGUGUGGCAUCCAACGCGUUCGUAGAUAAGCCUUAUUACUACAGCUUCGCGAAAGUGUGGCUUGGAGAUGGAUUAGUGACAGCGCCGGGUUGGAUAUGGAAAAAGAAUGUAAAGAAAAUAGCCAGCACGUUCAUCGGACCUGCUAUAGACAGCUAUCAGACAAUUUUCAAUGAAAACGCGGACAAAUUGGUUAAGUAUUUGAAACCUGAAGUUGACGGUGACUUCUUCGACUCCAUGCCGCACUUCUCUCUGUCUACCAUGGAAACAAUAUGUCAAGCAGGACUUGGUGUGUCAAAAAUAUCGGAGAAUUUCGUCACAGACACGUAUUACAAGGCCUUUAACCGCACUUUAGAGCUGAUCAUAUUUAGAGGGAUGAAUCUCUUUAUGCAUUGGGACUUCAUCUACCGCUUCACAGCAUCUCAUAAGGAAAUGUUGGAAUGCGUCUCUGUGCUACAUAAGGUGUCGAGUACUGUAAUUAAGGAAAAGAAAACUGCAAGAAAACUUAAGGAGAGUGCAAACAAAGAUGGAGCUGAGAAUGAAGAAGAAAAGCCCAGUAUUAAAGCGUUCAUAGAUCUGAUGCUCGAAAUGAGUGAAAAGGACCCGAGUUUUACGGAAAGUCAGAUUUUAGCAGAAAUCAAUACGAUCAUAUUAGCUGGACAGGAGACGGUUGCCACUACACUGUUUUAUACUCUUCUUGUUAUUGGAAGCCGAAAGGAUGUUCAGCAGAAUCUAUAUGAUGAAAUCAAAAGAGUCCUGGGUGACAGGAAGGAUGUCCAAAAGGAAGAUCUUGCGCAGCUCACAUACUGCGAAGCUGUUAUUAACGAGAGUCUUCGCUUGUAUCCACCAGUUGUUGGUGUGAUGAGAUACGCUGAUAAUGAUUUGAAGCUUAAAUCAGUCACGGUAACAAAGGGAACCACGGUACUUCUGAACCUUUGGGGCGUGUCAAGGUCACCAAGGCAUUGGGGAUCUGAUGCUGAGGAGUUCAAACCAGAAAGAUGGCUGCCUCCCAACAAUCCAAGUGUUUACGCGCAUCUUCCAUUUAGCUCGGGCAAGAGGGCAUGUAUAGGAAAGAGAUAUGCUAUGGCGUUUUUGAAGACAAUAUACGUGCAUGUACUUCGCGAGUAUGAAGUUAUAUCCCAAGAUACUUUCAACAAAAUGGAAUUCAAAUUGGAUAUCGCACUUCGACCUGUCAACGGCCAUCUCAUGAAACUACGGUUACGAGAUUGAUCUAGAUAUAUUUGAAAAUUUAGGCUAAUGAUAAUUUAUCUGGAGUAAAUAAUUUCAACUCCGUCUUGUAUUUAAGAUAUUUAUAUAUUAUUUAUGCUAUCACUAGCUUAAUUUAAAAACGAUGUAAUAUAAGUAAAAACGGUAAUAAAGUGAGAUUUUGUUUUA